UUGAGCACAUCAAUUUUAUAUCUCUCCCUCACAAUAACAAUGAAUGCUAUGAUUUCAACUCUCGUAGGUUUGCUAUGGCUAUCCAUCAUAGUAUUCAUCACACAUGGAAAACCACUCAACUUGCGAGAAAUCCCAAUUCCCAAAGAUCUAGCCCUAAAGCUUAGUCGUAACCCACAAAUUCUUUCUCAAGCCUCAACCGAUUAUGGCCACAUUAUUCAUGAAAAUCCCUUUGCAGUUUUGGAACCAACAUCAAUUAGUGAUAUUGCUAACUUGAUAAACUAUUCAAACUCUCUUCCUCACUCUUUUACCAUAUCCCCUAGAGGACAAGCACAUUCGGUUUUAGGACAAGCCAUGACACAAAAUGGAAUUGUUGUGAAUAUGACUCAACUCAAUUGGUAUAGAAAUGGGUCUGGAAUUGUAGUAUCUGAUUGUGAUGUGAAAAAUCCAUUAGGUUGUUAUGUUGAUGUGGGUGGAGAACAAUUGUGGAUUGAUGUUUUGAAUGCUACACUUAAGCAUGGACUCACACCUCUCUCUUGGACUGAUUACUUGUAUUUGUCUGUUGGUGGCACUCUCUCUAAUGCUGGAAUUGGGGGCCAAACUUUUAGAUUUGGACCACAAAUCUCCAAUGUUCUUGAAUUGGAUGUUAUUACAGGGCAAGGAAAUAUUGUGACAUGUUCACAAGAGAAGAACUCAGAGGUAUUUUAUGCCGUUCUUGGAGGACUAGGUCAAUUUGGAGUGAUAACCAGAGCAAGAAUACUUCUUGGACCUGCACCAACUAGGGUAAAGUGGUUGCGUCUAAUUUACAACGACUUUUCCGCAUUUUCCACAGAUCAAGAACAUUUAAUCUCAUUUGAUAGAAGAAAUGACUCCAAUGGAGCAGAUUAUGUUGAAGGCAUGCUUCUAUUGAACAAGCCACCAUUGAUUCUUUCCUUUUAUCCACCUUCUGAUCAUCCAAGGAUAACAUCCCUAGUAACUCAAUAUGGCAUCACCUAUGUCCUAGAGCUUGUCAAAUAUUAUGACACAAAUUCUCAAGCAAAUAUCACAGAGGAAGUUGACAAUUUGGUCAAAGGGUUAAAGUUUGUUCCAACGUUUAUGUUCCAAAAAGAUGUAACAUACGAGGAAUUUCUAGACAGAGUUCAUUCAGAAGAGUUAAUUCUUAGGUCAAAAGGACUUUGGGAUGUUCCUCAUCCUUGGUUGAAUAUGUUCAUACCAAAAUCUAGAAUCUCAGAUUUUAAUGAAGGUGUUUUCAAGGGUAUUAUUCUUAAGCAAAAUAUUUCUGCCGGAAUUGUCCUAGUCUACCCCAUGAACCGCAACAAGUGGGAUGAUAGGAUGUCUGCAAUUACACCAGAUGAAGAUGUGUUCUACACUUUAGCUCUUUUGCAUGCUGCAAAAGAAAUGGAUGAAGUGAAGACAUUUCAGGCUCAAAACCAUCAGAUAUUACAAUUUUGUAAUGAUGCUGGUAUUAAGGUCAAGGAAUAUCUUUCAGGAAACAAAACACAUCAAGAAUGGGUUGAACACUUUGGCGCUAAAUGGCAACAGUUUGAAGAGAGAAAAGCUAAAUUUGAUCCCAAAAGAAUAUUGUCACCUGGGCAAGGGAUUUUUCAGUAGACAAAGUGUUAGAUUUUAAUUUCCCGAUGUAAAUAAAUUAAUAAGA